AUGCGUGACGAAUCACAGAAUGAUUAUCUACACAUUAAUGAUACUCCUAGUUGUCCAGCUGAUUGUGAUUAUGUCUUGACAUGCGAAGAGCGUAAGAAAAUAGACUCUGGCCUUGAUUGGACUAAUAACCUAAGUAUUAGGGAACCAGCGGUUUGCAAAAUUGCAUAUCAACAGUGUAGGUGUGCUCCAGGAGCAGAGUUUGAUGAUGAACAAAACAAGGCAUUCUCUCAGCUCAUCAAUGCAUUACCUAGUAACACAGGACUAUGUGAGGGACAAACUCUGACGCGCAACGAGUGUGAAAUUUGUGAAUGUUCGGAGGGUGACUAUAACGAUGUUGUUGGUCAGUGCAGAAAGCAAUGCAGUUUAACAAAGGAGGACUGUUCCAAAAAGGGACUGUUUUUGUACAAGCCUGAAGGAGAGUGUUGUAAAUGUUCUAAACAAGAGACAACAGAGUCACCAAAAUAUGAUUGUGAUGAUGUUCUUGGCUUGGAUGAUACCAUAUCUGGAGUGAGAUCCACAUCUGGAGGUGGGAUAGGAUCUGGUACAGCCAUUGAUGAGGAAGACCCAUGGAUAGUAAAAGGAGAACAAGAUUCUGACCCCUGGGUUAAGAUUGAAUUUAAUCGCACAGUUACCGUCAAUAGGGUCCUCAUCCAAAAAUAUAGGAAUUUGGAAGCAAUAGAAAUUCAGAUAGCAUAUGAAGUAUCAGGCCGUGGCUAUGUAUCUGUAAUUGAUGUUGACUCAGGAUAUCCAAAGACAUUUAACCUAUCCAGACUUCCAAGCGUUGGCGACCACGACGAUGGCGUCUUUGAAGUGACACUUCCUGAAGCUAUUGCUGCAACAACAGGUGUCAAGAUCACAGUUGUGGAGUUUGCAGACAAUGGUUUAAGUCUACGUUUUGAUGUAAAAGGAUGUGCUGUUGCUUGUGAUGAUGUUCUUGGCUUGGAUACCAUAUCUGGAGUGAGAUCCACAUCUGGAGGUGGGAUAGGAUCUGGUACAGCCAUUGAUGAGGAAGACCCAUGGAUAGUAAAAGGAGAACAAGUUUUUUACCCCUGGGUUAAGAUUGAAUUUAAUCGCGCAGUUACCAUCAAUAGUGUCCUCAUCCAAAAAUAUAGGAAUUUGGAAGCAAUAGAGAUUCAGAUAGAAUAUGUGCUACAAGGCAGUGGCUAUAUACCUGUAUUUGAUGUUGACUCAAGUUAUCCAAAGACAUUUAACCUAUCCGGACUUCCAAGCAUUGGCGACCAUGACGAUGACGUCAUUGAAGUGCUACUUCCUAAAGAUAUUACUUCAACAACUGGUGUCAAGAUCAAAGUUGUGAAGUUUGCAGACGAUGGUCUAAGUCUACGUUUUGACGUAAAAGGAUGUGCUGUUGGAGCUAGUUCUGUAGUAACCACCCAGCCAACAGCAAUAGCAAGUACUACCAAUAUUCCAUGUAAGGCUGGCACAAGUAGUGAAAUCUCACAACAUUGUAAAGUAUGUGAAUGCAAUACAGAGACAGGCAAAUAUGAUACCAAUUGCACAGACACUUGUGAACUCACCUGUGAAGAGGGCUAUGUGCUAGUAUCAGGAAUAGACAUCUGCUGUUUCUGCGUGCCCUCUUGGUGCUAUGAGAGAAAAAAUUAUACAUGUGACUUCAUCUGUGGUGAAAUCGAAACUUUUGAUGGUGUUGCCUAUGGAUUUUCAGAGUGUAACAGUGUCAUUGCACGUUCAACUAAUUCAGAUACCGAAGUCAUUGUUCGCCAAGCAAGUCUGUACUCAGGUAAAUGCUGUGACCAUUGUGACCUUGAUCUGAUUUUCAACGUAUGGAGAAAUGAAUUGUGGUAUAAAUUUAUUGUUACUCGAAACACGGAAUCAGUGUUCACACUGAAUACAACAGAUGAGGACAUGAGUGAAUGGGAAACAAUAGAUGUUAGCAUCUGUGAACUAGAAACUGUGAGCAGAAGACUGAAGACUGACAUGGGAGUUGAAAUCAAAAAGGCAGGAGAUUCAUUGAUAUUUAUAGAUGCAUUUGGACUAACUCUGAAGUGGAGGCAAAAUGGAACGCUCAAUCUCAAGGUUACUGUAAACGGUAGUGGAAACACAUACUAUGGACGGUGUGGGAUCCCUAACAAUAACAGUAGUGAUGACUUAAUAACAUCAUAUGCUAUGUCAGUGCUGGCAGGAUCUAGUAGUUUAAAGGACAGUGAUUAUAAUUGUACAAACUGUGAACAUUGCAAUUGCUCAGAUGUUUAUCUGGAAAAAUGUCGCAGAUUGAUAACUGAUUCCCGCUUUCAUGAAUGCUCUGACUAUGUGGAUAUAGACAAGUAUUUAAAGAUUUGCAGGGACAAAGUUUGUUCUUGUGUUACAAAUCAAGAUCCUGGAACGAACUUGGACAAUUUGGCAGAUCAGUGUUCAUGUGAGAUCUUUGAUGAAUAUAUGAACGAAUGCCACGUUCCUAAUUGCAAAGAAUGGCGUGCUCCCAACUUUUGCCCUAAAAGCUGCCCCAAUUGUGAAAUCUAUCAGGACUGUGGAGCUUGUGAAUGGACUUGUGAUAACUAUUACAAGCCUGUAUUGAACUGUGAAUUGGAAACAGCCACUGGCUGCUUUUGCCCAAAGGAUAAAGUUAGAGUUGGCAACGAGUGCAAAGAUAUUAACCAAUGCGGUGAUUGUAACUGUAAAGUAUAUGGAAAAAGACACUUUACUAUGUUUGAUGCCAAAUAUUUUGAAAGCCUAGGAAAUUGUACAUAUGUGCUGUCUCAAGAAAAGUCAUCUGAAUAUGAGGUUUUUGUCACAAAUGACGUUUGCGAUUCGGUACGAAGUACAACAUGCUUCUUUCAGAUUGAAGUUGUCUAUCAGAAACAUAGUAUAUUACUGACCGAUCAGAUGGUUUCUGUUGACUAUGGAGACUGGGUCAAAGUACCACCAAGCUUUGAAAAACAUGGAUUCCGAGUAGAGAACCAGGCAACAUACAUCAUGGAUUUGUUUAUUGAUGCCAUUAAUCUUGAACUUAGGUUCAAUUCUGAAACUUACAUGGUAGACCUUUCUAUACCAGGGAUCCGGUAUUAUAACAAAACGGAGGGGAUGUGUGGUAAUUGCCGUGAAAAGAACAUUGACCUUCCAGAUCCAAAAGAUUGGAUAAUUGGUAAAAAUUGCACAACAACCACUUGCAGAGAAGAGACCGAAAUAGACACAACGAUUUGUGAUAUUCUUUAUGAUAGGCCAUUUUCAGAUUGCAAAUAUUUCGUUAAUCCUAAAAAUUACCAUGAAGCAUGCAAAUGUGAUGUAAGUGAAGGCAGAGGCCCUUGUACGGUUUUCACUGAGUACGCUACAGAGUGUAGCUCUCACAAUCAAUGCAUUGUUUGGCGUGGAAAAAAUAAUGAAUGCUACCCUGCUACAUGUGAUAAUGACAAAGUGUACAGGACGUGUCGUGGCAGUGAUGUGUAUGGUUGCGAUGAAUGGCUGAAUAAAACCGAAGUAAGCUUACGCAGCAAUGAAAUCUUACUUGAAGGCUGCUUCUGUCCAGAUGGUGAGAUACUGUCUGAUGAAGGACAGUGCAUACCAACAUCAACAUGUACAGUUUGUGAGGAAAAAGAUGGAAUUCGUCGCCAGUUAAACGAGAAAUGGGAUAAAGACAAUUGCACAAACUGCACUUGUAGUGAAUUUGGAAUAUACUGCGUAUCUAAGCAAUGUCAGAAGUAUAAGCCUGGGGAGUGUGAACGUAUUGAUUAUACUGAUGAUAAAUGCUGUGGAACAUGUAUUCCUGUAUACGAAACCUGUCAGCCAAAGGUAAAGGAAGAACCACUUCAAGUAAAUGGAUGUGUCAGUGCUGUAAACAUUACACAACACUACUGUGAAGGCAGAUGUGCUUCCACGUCACACUAUGUACAUGAAUACGAUCAAGUAUCGCCAACAGUUGUGAAUCAGUGCAAGUGCUGUCAGGUGAAUGACUUUGAAAAAAAGAAUGUGAUUUUGAUGUGUUCAGAUAAUACUCCAUAUAAACAUGAAUAUUAUUCUGCAAUUAGCUGUGGUUGUAAGGAAUGCAGAAGACAGUGAGGGCAGCCAAACCUACGGACCAGAUACGCAUAUGGAAUAGACAGAAAAUGUUCAAAUCAGGGUUGGAACCAAUCCUGAAUUUAUUCCCAUUUUAUAACAAAUAUUUAGAGAUAUUUAUUUAAACUUUUAAAAUUUCAUCAACCAUUUUAAUUCUUUUUAAUUUUUUUCAAAAUUUAAUUUUUAUUGAUUUGAUUUUGUUUAUUUGCAAAGAAUAUAAUGUAUCAAGACUUACUGAUUUUUAGUUAAUAUACAUGAACCAAUCCUGAAUUUAUUCCCAUUUAACAAAUAUAUUUAGAUAUUUAUUGUAAACUUUUAAAAUUUCAUCAACCAUUUUAAUUAGUUUAAAUUUGUUCACAAUUUAAUUUUUAUUGAUUUUAUUGUGUUUAAUUGCAAAGAAUAUAAUGUAUCAAAACUUAUUGAUUUUUAGUUAAACAACACAGUACACUACAUAAUAACACAAUAUAAUUUUAUGAAAUUAUCAUGGCUCUAACAAAAAUGUAUUGACUGAUUCAUCCAAUGAUUGAUUGAUGGCUUGAGUGAUCGAUUUGUUGAAUGAUUGGUUGAUUUCAUUUAUUGGCAGCUCUUAUAUUAUUUUCAUCCUAUUUUUUCUUGACAAUGAUGUUAAUAACAUCGACGAAAGCUCGCAGUAAGUUAACAUCUAUUGUGUUUGGCUUAUUACCGAUCAAAACAAUUCUAUAAUAAUUUUAAGCAAACCAGAUUAAACUAUUCAAAUAUUAAUUAAAUUACUAAUCUAAACAGCUUGUAAAAAUUAUAUGGGCUUAAACUUCGCUUAGAUAGCACUGCAUGAGGGAAGUCUGUUAUAUCAAUUGGAUUUCUAUCACCUUUACUAAAUUAUUAUCCUAUUAUCAUUGUUAAUAAUUAAUUAUAUUUGAAUUGUUGCAAUUGAUUUUGAAGUAUAAUAAACAUAGUUAUAGUUUGCAUCAAUAUA